UCAGACUGCUGAGAUGUCGGAGAUGGUGAGUGUACAUGGAUGGAUGGAAGAGGCUCUGAGUUCUCAAGAUGAGAUGAAAGAAACCGAUCAAAGACAGUCUGCAUAUGACAUGCUAUCAGGUCUCAGUCAUGAAGAACAUGGGAGUAUUGAUGGAGAAGAAGAUGAAGAAGAAGAGGAUGAUGGAGAAAAGCCAAAAAAGAGAGGUCCAAAGAGAAAGAAGAUGACCAAGGCAAGGAUUGAGAGGUUCCGUGUGAGGAGAGUAAAAGCUAAUGCCAGGGAGCGCUCAAGAAUGCAUGGACUGAAUGAUGCACUGGAUAACCUGAGGCGGGUAAUGCCUUGCUACUCUAAAACACAAAAGUUGUCCAAAAUUGAGACUCUUAGACUGGCAAGAAAUUACAUAUGGGCAUUAUCUGAGGUCCUAGAUCAAGGGCAAUCUGCAGAAGGGAAAGGUUUUAUGGAAAUGCUCUGUAAAGGACUCUCACAGCCUACCAGCAAUCUAGUAGCUGGCUGUCUACAAUUAGGACCCCAGCCCAUGUUCUUGGAAAAGCAUGAAGAUAAGUCAAGCAUUUGUGACUCAUCACUUGCUUCUCAUGUCUACAGUUACCAGUCUCCUGGUCUGCCAAGUCCCCCAUAUGGUAAUAUUGAAGCACACCACUUGCACUUGAAGCCUGCAACUUUCAAAACUGUUAUGGACCCAAUGGUAAACCAUACCUUAAAUUGUACAACACCUCCUUACGAUGGUGCCCUUACUCCUCCACUGAGCAUUACUGGCAACUUUUCCUUGAAACAAGAUGGAUCAUCAGACUUGGACAAACCCUAUGCCUUCCGAUCACAUUAUCCUUCUCUUGCUUCUCAUGGUCAUGCCUCACACUUUCAAACUGCUGUUCCCAGAUAUGAAAUUCCCAUUGACAUGGCCUAUGAAGCGUACCCACAUCAUACGAUUUUUACUGAGUAA